GACAAAAAAUGGAAUACACCAGCAGUGUGAGGAGACCUGAAAGUGGCACAUGGCAGAGUGUGGCGAUGGAGACAGCAGCAAUGGGAGGCCGUACAGGGACCCAUGAGAGACUCUGGACUUGGCAGCAGCAUGAGGGAGGCGGUAUAGGGGCCCAUGGCAGAUUAGGGGCCUGGCAGCAGCUAUGGGAGGCCCGUAAUCUGCCAGCACCCUAUGACAAAAAAUGGAACACACCAGCAUGUGUGAGGAGACCUGAAAGUGGCACAUGGCAGAGUGUGGCGAUGGAGACAGCAGCAAUGGGAGGCCGUACAGGGACCCAUGAGAGACUCUGGACCUGGCAGCAGCAU